AUGGCGCCGCCUUAUAGCAACGGCUACAACUACGGCUAUCCAUCCUCCACAUCCUCCUACGAUUACGGCUACAGUCUUAGGAAUAAUGGUGAUUUCCAAUCUAUAUGCGACGACAUAUUUGCCGUAACUAGAACUAUGCUACAUCGAAUGUCAACCUAUGCCAACGGGCCCGGACGACGCGCCGCCUGGAACCUAGCUACCAAAGCUGUGCAGCAAUUUAAAAGGAAUAUGACCCGCCGCCGUCUUCUGAGCUUUCCCCAUGCACUUUUCGCGCUUUGGAUACUCGUCCUGCUCUGGGGAGAAAGAUGGAUAUUCGCAAGUCGAGUGAAUAGUUGCGAUUGGGACCAUUGGGAAAAUUGGCCAGCAGGAACAACACCACAUCGAUUAAUAUUCGUCGCCGACCCUCAAAUCAUCGAUCCUCAUUCUUAUCCUGGCCGCCCAUGGCCCCUUAACCCCUUAACCAUAGCUAUAACAGAUAACUAUAUGCGACGAUCAUAUAAACAACUACAAAAAGUACUUCAUCCAGACACAGUUUUCUUUUUGGGUGACCUGUUCGACGGCGGGAGAGAAUGGAAAACGGCACGAGGAGACUUUGAGGAUCCCGACUGGGCAAAAGACCAUCGACCAGCAUUAGAACAAAAGUACCUGAAGGAGUGGCGCAGAAAGUAUGGCGAGGAGUAUUGGCUAGAGGAGUAUGGCCGAUUCGGGAACAUAUUCUACGAUAAUUGGGGAUUAGGUGGCGUAUUCCCAGGCGCAGGACAACGAGGACGCAAGAUCAUCUCGAGUCUGCCUGGAAACCACGAUUUAGGUUUCGGCGCUGAGGUCAAGGUUCCUGCACGGCAUCGGUUCAAUGCAUAUUUCGGGGAGACCAACAGAGUUGACGUGAUCGGAAACCAUACUUUCGUGUCUGUUGACACGCUGUCUCUGAGUGCCGAUUCAUCUAGCAUGAAGGGCCAGGUAGAAUUACAGCCGAUAUAUGGACCAGUUCUAGAGUUUUUAAAGGGGGUCAAAGCGACAAAGCGGAGAGCGGUGCAGAAAGAGGUGCGAUUCUGGAGGGGCGAGGUGGAAGAUUUGACCUUUCAGCAGAAGGUUGAGGAUGUCGACACGGCCGAUUACACCAACCUACCGACGAUGGAUAAAGGAGAAAGCGCUCCGGAUUUUCCAACUAUCCUCUUGACACAUGUGCCAUUGUAUCGAGACCCAGGCACACCUUGCGGUCCCUUACGCGAGCACUGGCCUCCGGCAAAACCACCAAAGGGCCAGACAAGUCCCGUGAUUCCGGAUCACCGAAAUGCCAUCAGUGUCUCGGGCGGAUAUCAGUACCAGAACGUGCUUAACCCAGAGGACUCGGUUAAUCUGGUAAAGAGUGUCGGCAAUGUGAUACAUGCGUUUUCCGGCGACGAUCAUGACUACUGUGAGGUUGUACACCCGCCUGAGCGGGGGAAUGUGCGUGAAAUCACGGUCAAGAGUAUAAGCAUGGCCAUGGGUGUCCAGAUACCGGGGUUCCAGAUGGUUUCCUUAUACAAUCCCAUAGACGGUCAGGGGAAUCCGAUGCCUGGCGCACCGAAGACGACGCUGCAAACGCACCUUUGUCUACUCCCCCAACAGCUCUCUACUUACGUAACGUACGCCGUAUUGGGGGCCCUGACCGUCCUAAUACUCAUAGCACGGGCCUUUCUCGUGCCUGUCCUGAACCUCCAACCGUUUGCCCUGGAUCCUAUACAGCACCCACCAUCCGCUCUCCUCCCUAUCUUCAAGGCGAAAUCCGAAGGCGAGGAUGGCGGUGCGUUCGACGUCAAACCCACCUCCAACACCUCAUCGUCCAAGUUCCCCUCCGCGCGCAUGUCUUCGACGCGAACGCGCGGGCAGUCUAUCUCCAACGCGCUCGGAACCCAGGCCCGAGGCGCCUCGCCGAACGAAAAGACGAAGGGGAAGUGGGGAUGGGGUCAGCAAGGCAGGGGCCCGCGGAUUGAGAUCCGCCGCGACGCGUACUUCGAUGAGACGUGGAAGCCGGCGGCGGCGCGAUCGAGGGCUAGAGCCGUGGGGAGUAGGAUCGAGAUUAUACUACGCGAGAUCUGGACUACAGUCUGGAGGGUUGUGUGGUUGGUGCUAGGGUUCUUUGCUUGGCUUACCUGGAGGGGUUGA